AUGUCAUAUAAACGGCCGCCACCGCAAGACGACCGUGGUGCCCUUUCCCGGCCAUUUAAAUUGCCAAUAGCUGUCACGCGCAAUGAAUUAAGAAAGACCCGUCGGAUUAUCAACUACGACGACGAGUCCGGAGUGCCAUUGCGUGAGGUUUCCGUGAACCGAGGGCCAGAUAUUGAUCCAAAAAAGCUUUUGGAUCGUCAAUUCAAGCCGCCACUUCUGGAUAAGCGCCCAGAGAGUACAGAGCCGCCCGCGUUGGGCAUGACUCGGAAAAAGGACUGGAUUCCGCGGCCCUUGCACGACCCCUGCGGCGAGUUUGCAAUAGUGCUGUACGACCCCACCGUCGAGCCAAUUGCAGAGGCAGAAGAACAGCUAAUUGCCUCACAAAAGCUUCUGGACGAAAGCAGUCAAGAAGUCCCGGAGUCUCCCCAGCCAGAUCAGGCGGAGCCAAAAACCGGACUGUCGGGCCCGUCGCUCGCAUCCUUGCUAGGGCUUGAUAGUCCCAAGAAAACUGAACAGGUCAAGGUGCCUGUGGUUAUUGACCCCAGGUUGUCCAAGAUUUUACGUCCCCACCAGGUCGAUGGUGUGAAAUUCUUGUAUAACUGCACAAUGGGCUUUGUCGAUCCAAGAGUCUAUGGUUGUAUUAUGGCGGACGAAAUGGGUUUAGGAAAAACCCUUCAGUGUAUCACUCUGAUGUGGACGCUUCUCAAACAGUCGCCUGAGGGCGGCAAAGGAUCAAUCGAGAAGUGCGUGGUUGUUUGCCCGAGUAGUCUUGUGAACAACUGGGCCAACGAGUUGGAUAAAUGGCUAGGGAAAGGUGCAUUGAGGUCCCUCGUAGCCGAUGGAAAGAGCGUCAAAUCUGCAGACCUCGUUGAGGCAUUAAGGGCUUGGGCAAGAGCAGAAGGCCGCCAGGUCACCCAACCGGUUCUCAUCAUUUCCUACGAAACUCUGAGACGUAACACCGAAGAACUGAAUGGCGCGGAAAUCGGUCUUUUACUCGCAGACGAAGGUCACAGGCUGAAAAACGGUGACUCGUUAACAUUCACCGCUCUAGAUAGCUUGAACGCCAAACGGCGAGUUAUUCUUUCCGGUACCCCUAUCCAGAAUGACUUGAGCGAAUACUUUUCGUUACUGUCAUUCGCUAUCCCUGGGCUUUUGGGGAGCCGACUUGAUUUCCGCAAAAACUACGAGAAUGCCAUUAUUCGCGGCCGUGAUGCAUAUGCUACGGAUCAACAGAUGUUUGUUGGUGAGCAAAAGCUGCAAGAGUUGCUGCAUCUCGUCAACAAAUAUAUCAUCCGUCGCACCAACGAUAUUCUUUCCAAGUAUUUGCCUGUGAAAUACGAGCAUGUUGUGUUUUGUGAGCUCAGUGACUUUCAAAAGAAGCUGUAUCAGCACCUUGUGCAGGAAGGAGCUAAAAAGUCAAGUGACGAUCUGCUAACAAAGUUCAGCAGCCAACCAUUAAAUGCCAUCAACAUUCUAAAGAAAAUUUGCAACCAUCCAGAUCUCGUCGACCUCGAUAAACUCCUUCGCAAAGGUAAAGAUAUUUUACCGGCGGGCUAUCACCCUCCCGGGCAACGGGGACGAGAUCGAGAAAUUUACUCUUGGUACAGCGGCAAAUUCAUGGUUUUGGAGCGUAUGCUUGCCCGUAUUCGGGCUGAUACGAACGAUAAGAUCGUCAUCAUUUCCAACUAUACGCAGACGCUUGAUCUGGUAGAAAAAGUGUGUCGCCUUCGCAAGUAUGGUUUAUUGAGGCUAGAUGGUACAAUGGCCAUUGCCAAGCGCCAAAAGCUUGUCGACCGGUUCAAUGACCCGGAUACCCCGGAAUUCAUAUUCCUUUUGAGCUCGAAGGCAGGCGGUUGCGGUAUCAACCUUAUCGGCGCGAACCGCCUGAUUCUACUGGAUCCUGAUUGGAAUCCGGCCGCCGAUCAGCAAGCGCUCGCUCGAGUGUGGCGUGACGGACAAAAGAAGCAUUGUUUUGUUUAUCGGUUUAUUGCUACGGGAACUAUUGAAGAAAAAAUUUAUCAGCGCCAAAGUAUGAAGCAGAGUCUUAGCUCUUGUGUGGUUGAUGAAAACACCGAUGUGGAGCGGCUAUUCUCGUUCGACGAUUUGAGAAGGCUGUUCAAAUACAAUACAGAAACCAUAUGCGAGACCCACGAUACUUUCAAGUGCAAACGGUGCACACCCCUAAAACAGACCAUUGGAGCGCAGGCUUUACUCUACGGUGAUGCGACUACCUGGAACCACUAUCCUAAAUCACAGCUCGCCAAGAUUGAAGACAAACUGCUGCAGCAGGAGGCUUCGGAGGAUGUCGUCAGCUUUGUUUUCCAGUAUAUUUCCCAUUAA